UUCUCUUUGCUGUGAAGGUUCUCUUGCUUUUUAUCCUUCAUAGCUGUUGUCUUUUUUGGUAUUCUCCAUAACUUUGACUUUCUACAGAUAUGGGGCCCCUGGAGUGGAGUUUACAGGUUUGCACAAGGACAUGGCCACCGUGACCCAGCUACACUUCUUACCCGGACAGGGUCGUCUCCUGUCCCUGCUGGAUGAUAAUACUGUCCAUCUGUGGAGCUGCAGCAGAAAGAUGGCUGCUCCCAACUUGAAGAAACCAGGAGCUUCAUCCUACCAGGCCGACCAGGGUUCGACUGUGCUAACUCUCCUCCGAGUGUCACCCGUGUAACGGUUAUUUUGGUGACCAGUUCCUGCGAUGUGGUUGGCCUAGGAACAGAAGGAGGAGGGGUUUACUUUGUGCUGAUCCCAAGUUUGAAGCUGCUGGAGGACCAUACUUUGCUGCAAGAUGAAAUUGUACAGAGCUUGCCGGAUGAAUACCGAUGUGGAAAGGCCUUGGGUCCAGUAGAAUCAUUGCAGCAACAUCCAAAGGAACAAGGGAAGAUCCUGAUUGGCUACAGUAGGGGGCUGGUAGUUCUAUGGGAUCGGGAUUCCAGGAAAGUGGAACAUCUCUUCUUGGGGAAUCAGCAAUUGGAAAGUUUGUGUUGGGAGAGCAGUGGGACAUCGUUUGUUAGCUCUCACAGCGAUGGAGGGUACAUGGUGUGGGCAGUCAGCAAUAAUUCCUCCUCUACAUCCCAGCCGGUUACCGCCUCUAUUCCGUAUGGCCCGUUCCCUUGCAAAGCUGUCAACAAAAUUCAGUAUCUAUCCAGCGGUUCAGGGAACCACUUCAUCAUCUUCAGCGGGGGUAUGCCUAGAGCCAGCUACGGGGACCGUCACUGCGUCACCAUCAUGCAAGGAAAAAGCCUGGUCACCUUAGACUUCACCUCUCGAGUCAUAGACUGUUUCACCAUAUGUCCGCUCAAGAGUGAAGAUGAUCUGGACAACCCCACAGCUCUGGUAGUCUUGGUGGAGGAAGAAUUGGUUGUAAUUGACCUUGAGAGCCCUGGCUGGCCGACCAUCCCCGCACCGUAUCUUGCCCCGCUCCAUUCAUCUGCCAUUACCUGUUCCUACCACAUCUCAAACGUCACCCUGAAGCUAUGGGAGCGGAUCAUUCUUGCUGGCGAGCAGCAGAACCCACAGAUGUCUUCCGCGGUGAGAAACUGGCCGAUUGAUGGUGGAAAAAGUUUGGCCGAGGAGCCGUCACAGAGAGGCCUUUUGCUGACAGGCCAUGAAGAUGGCACUGUCCGGUUCUGGGAUGCUUCAGGCGUCGCCUUGCGGCCUCUUUACAGACUGUCGACAGCCGGUAUCUUUCAAACAGACUGUGACCACAACGAAAGCCUGAAUCAAAGCUGUGAAGAUGAUUGGCCACCUUUCCGCAAGGUCGGUUGUUUUGACCCUUAUAGCGAUGACCCACGGCUAGGCAUCCAGAAAAUCGCCCUCUGCAAGUACAGCGGCAAGAUGAUCGUGGCAGGAACUGCAGGACAGGUGCUGGUGAUGGAUCUGAGUGAUGAGAAAUCCGAUCAUAUGAUCAGCGUGGCGACCGUUGACCUCUUACAAGAUCGGGAAGGCUUUACGUGGAAAGGUCAUGACAAGCUGAUCCCAAGGAAUGGCUCCCUGUUCUUCCCUCCUGGUUUCCAAACCACCAUGUUGGUGCAGUGUAUGCCCCCUGCUGCCGUCACCGCUGUCUCCUUACACUCAGAGUGGAAUUUGGUGGCCUUUGGCACCAGUCAUGGCUUUGGGCUCUUUGACUAUCAUAGGAGGAGCUCAGUUCUGGCCAGGUGCACCCUUCACCCCAAUGACUCCCUAGCAAUGGAGGGGCCCCUGUCCAGGGUGAAAUCAUUAAAGAAGUCUCUCCGCCAGUCGUUUCGCCGAAUCCGGAAAAGCAGAGUAUCUGGAAAGAAAAGGCCAAAUACAGCGAGCCCCAAUAGCCGGCUACAAGAGGCCAAUGCCCAUCUGGCAGAGCAGGUUGGCCCACAUGACCUGGAUGUGACACCAGUGCAGAGAAGAAUUGAGCCACGUUCUGCCGACGAUUCACUGUCAGGUGUUGUGCGCUGCUUGUACUUCGCUGACACUUUCUUACGGGACGCUGUCCACCAGGGGCCCACCAUGUGGGCUGGCACAAACUCUGGCUCUGUCUUUGCCUACGCCUUGGAAGUCCCUUCGCGGGAGAAGUUCUCCGAGCGCUCAACGGAGGCUGUGCUGGGCAAAGAAAUUCAGCUUAUGCAUCGGGCUCCUGUUGUCUCCAUAGCAGUCCUGGAUGGACGGGGCAACCCUCUCCCAGAACCGUUUGAGGUGUCGCGUGAUCUGGCCAAAGCACCUGACAUGCAAGGAACACACUCUGUACUGAUUGCUUCGGAGGAGCAAUUUAAGGUUUUCACUUUGCCCAAGGUUGGUGCCAAAACAAAAUUCAAGUUGACUGCCCAUGAAGGCUGCCGAGUGAGGAAAGUGGCACUAAUUAACUUCACCAGCUCUGCAUCUGAUGAUUAUUCAGAGAACUGCCUGGCGUGUCUCACCAACCUUGGCGAUAUUCACGUGUUCAGUGUUCCCGGGUUGCGGCCGCAGGUGCGCUAUGACUGCAUUCGCAAAGAGGACAUCAGCGGCAUUGCGUCAUGUGUUUUCACAAAAUAUGGACAAGGGUUUUACCUCAUCUCUCCAUCAGAAUUUGAACGGUUUUCCCUCAGUGCCAAGAACAUCACAGAGCCAGUGUGUUUGAUAGAGUUUGAUAGGCCCCAUGAUCCUGGGUACCUCAGAAUGAAAGUGAGGGAAUCUCCAAAAUUGAGUUAUCACCAGAACAGCAGAUGA